CGUCGCUCGCCGGGAAACGUUGAGGGACUCGUUGUCUCUUGGUUCCGCAGCAAACAUGGCCUCCCGUGCCGUGAGCGACAGAUGAGCCGCUGUUUUCCGACACUGCUGAUCCGUGGUCCGAGCCUCUAACGCCGGGUGUGUUGUGGAGCUCGUCGCGGCGGGUCUGAGAGGGUGACGAGGCAGAAGAAGCAGCCAUGCCACAUCCCCUGUGGCCGGAGCCGCUGUCCGCAGCUCAGCUCAAGCGGCUGGAGGAGCAUAAAUACAGCGCGUCCGGCCGAUCGCUGUUCGAGCCCCCGUGUCAGAUCUACUGGAACUGGCUCGUCCAGCAAACGCCCACAUGGGUCGCCCCGAACACGCUGACCAUCGUGGGCCUGAUGGUCAACAUCGUGUCCACCGUGGUGCUCGUGUAUUAUUGUCCCACUGCAACAGAGGAGGCUCCAUGUUGGGCCUUCUUACUGAGCGCUCUGGGCCUCUUCAUCUACCAGUCUCUGGACGCCAUCGAUGGGAAACAGGCCCGGAGGACAAACAGCAGCUCACCGCUCGGGGAGCUCUUUGACCACGGCUGCGAUGCCGUCUCCACAGUGUUUGUUGCAAUCGGAACAUGCAUCUCGUGUGGAAUCGGUAGAUUCCCUGACUGGAUGUUCUUCUGCGGCUUCAUUGGGAUGUUCAUGUUCUUCUGCGCACACUGGCAGACCUACGUGUCCGGGACUCUCCGCUUCGGCCUGGUGGACGUCACAGAAGUGCAGUUCGCCAUCAUGGUCAUGUAUUUGAUGUCGGCUUUCGGCGGCGUGAGCCUUUGGCAAUCUACGCUGCCCAUCAUUGGACUGAAGCUGUACGUCUUCCCCAUCGUGGGCAUCAUCGGAGGGGCCCUCUACUCCUGCUACAACUACUUCUAUGUCAUUUUGAACGGAGGCGUUGGCAAGAACGGCUCCACUGUGGCUGACACCAGCGUGCUGAGUCCUGGUUUGCACAUCGGCCUCAUCCUCACCUUGGCCUUCAUCAUUUUCAAGAAGUCUUCCAGCCUCCUGUUUGAGCACCACCCCUGUCUUUACCUGCUCUCCUUCGGCAUGGUCAUUGCCAAGAUCUCCAACAAACUGGUGAUAGCACACAUGACCAAGAGUGAGUUGCACCUCCCGGACUCGGCCUUUAUAGGCCCCGGCCUCCUCUUCCUCAACCAAUACUUCAACAGCUUUAUAGACGAGUACAGCGUCCUCUGGAUCGCCACGAUCCUCUCUCUUCUGGAUCUCAUACGCUACUGCACAGGCGUGUGCAUCCAGAUCGCCUCCCACCUGCGCAUCCAAGUCUUCAGCAUCACGCCGCCGGGCCACACACACCGUGACUGACGGCUUGCCCGGCGGGAGGAGGCGGGGGGAGACAUGGACCUCUCCCCGCUCCUGGAAGCAGACGAGGACCAUGAAGGUGAGGAGCGACCCUCGACCCUGAGCCACUGCAGCCUUGACAAAGUGACCACUUCUGAUUAAAACAAAAUGCCUCUACGAGCAGACAGGAAAAAAUUCAAAAAUAAAACCAACUGGACUCUACAAACCAAAAAAAUAAUAACAGAAAUGUUCGAAAAGCUCGGAUGUGUGGAAUUAGAAAGAAGGCGGAAUCAGAGUUUACCUUGAAAUAAUUUUAAUUUAAACAUGAGUGUAUGUCAAAAUAAAUAAGAUAGAUUUUUACGUUAAAAAGGUACUCUUUACAAUUCAAUACCAAAUGUUUAUUUUUCAACGGAUUCUUUUACAGCGUGGGCAAAUAUCAAAGCAUUUUUAUCGGCUUUGAAUUUAAAAGUAUUAACUCAUAUUACAGUUGUCGCAUAUUAAACACGUGACGAUCAAAAGUGAUCAAUAAAUCACUGAUAUUUGCCCAAACUGAGAAGAGAAGCCAUCGAAACGUCUCUUAAUCUCUCUGUUUUUAUUUAUUAAAUGAAUGCGAAUCAAUCGGAAAUGAAUCGGUUUGAAAUUACAGAUUAAAAAAAAUGACCUUAAAAACCUCAAAAUAAUUUCCAGUGAAGUUUGUGAUGUGGCAGAUUGUCAGUGGGCUGCGUGAAGGGGUAGCGGUCUGUGUUAAGGCUGAAAACGCUGAUCGGUUUUCUAUCGGGCUUCUCUCACAAACAUCAGUUAUUUCAUCUCAUUCUACAGACAGAAAAUAAAGAUAUAACAAUGUUACCUGCAGCCUUUUAGUGCCGUCAGCUGAUGAAGCAUUAACACUCGACUCGUCCUGCUUUCUCUGUUCUUCUCCCUGAAGGGCUAACACUAUAAUUAUAUGUGAUUGUACAGAAUUCAACUGAAGACGCCUUAAAAUAUUUUUGUUGUAAUUACUGUUAAACUUUGUGCAUAUUUAAAGUUCUUUUUUUUUUUUUUCCACUGAAAUGUCGCGUAACAACGGAAGCUGUUCACUCGUGACACUUCUGCACUUAUACAAAUGUAAAUUAUGUAUAGGUGAGUGAUUCAUUCGCAGAUUUGUUGGGUUAUCGGUAAUUUUUAUAAUUAUUGAUUAUUGCGGACUCAUUAUUCAGGUGCAUUUGGGAUGAAAAGGGAUAUUUCUGUAGUGCCGGGAAAUUAUUUAAAGGUAAAAACAAAUUAAAAAGCGGUAUUCGGUUUCUUGAUUUGCUAUAAUAACGUUUCUUCAGGAUUGUGGACUUUAAAAUGUCCUAAAAAAAAAGUUAAUUUUGCAUAAGUGAGGAUGGACUGUGGAACUAUGCAUCAGGACGUAUAACCUUGAUUUGAACACCAUGUUGCACUGUUGAAUAAUAGGAAGACGCCUUUCUACUAACAGACACGAGUGGAAAAGAUUGUAAUAAAGAAAAUAUUUUUCCUGUG